AUGAAUCCUCUGAACAUUUUGCUGCUAUCCAUUUUUUUUAUCAAGGAAGCCCUCGUGUGCGCCAUUUCGACGCAUGAAAUUUUGAAUGACAAAAGAAUUGAGUUUAAAAAUAAUGCCAAACGGAUUAUCAAUGAAUCAUAUUUGGUGGACAAAAAUGAGAAGCUGUUGGGUAGUUCGCUCAGGACAUACAAAUACUACUUGGUAAAAAGUACAACUGAAUUUAGGGCUAUCUUCAUUUUUGACGAUUUAAAUGUGCACAAAGCGACAGAGCUAGGAAUAGGCAAUGCUGAACACGAGGCGGACAUCUUAAAUGUAGAAGGAAACGUGAAUAACAUUUAUCCCCUCGAUGAAAUAAGCACAUUUAAUGAGGUGCUAUACAGAGAGAGAAAAAUGUUCAGCCUGGAAACUGCAUAUUCCACCACGAGUUAUGUGCUAGCCAAAUUUGUGUUUGACGUGAACAUCGAAGAAGAAGAUGAACAGGACAUCAUGUCUCUUUUGAUUGAAACUGAAUUGAAUAUGAAAAAAAAAAAAUUGGAUGUUGUUACGAAAGAGGAUGGUGGUGCACAGGAAGGAGACAACAUCGAAAGCAGCGACAUGAAUUCGAACCACUCGCAAUCGGUUGAAUUGUACAAGAAGAGACACCCACAAGUGUUUACCCAAUUCGUCGGGAUGCUGGUAAGUAUAGUGUCCAUGGUUACAUCCAUCUCAGGUGCCAUUUCAGCUGUCUCGUCAGUUUUUUCGGGCACACCCAGCCCCUCUCCCCCCGAAUUUUUGGGAGAUGAGGCAUGGGCCCUGCCUACAUAUGAAGAGAGAAAGGUUUCCAAGAGGGAAUCUCCCAAGGAUAAGAAAGGCAAGAAGGAUCCACAGGAGGAUCCCCACUACGAUGAAGACCACUACGAGGAUGACUACUACGAUGGUGACUACGAUGAUGGUGACUACUACGAUGGUGACUACGAUGAUGGUGACUACUACGAUGGUGAGUAUUACGAGGAUGACUACUACGAUGACUAUGGCGAUUACUAUCGCUUCUAA